CCUCCUCCCCCCCUCCCUGCCCCCCACCCUCCCCCCUGCCCCCCUCCCAUGCCCCCCCCCUCCUCCUGCCCCCCUCCCAUGCCCCCCACCCUCCUCCUGCCCCCUCCCAUGCCCCCCACCCCCUCCUCCCCCUGCCCCCCCCCAUGCCCCCCACCCUCCUCCUGCCCCCCUCCCAUGCCCCCCCCGCCCCCCACCCCCUCCUGCCCACCUCCCAUGCCCCCCCCCUCCUCCUGCCCCCCUCCCCCCCCUCCCAUGCCCCCACCCUCGCCCCCCUCCAUGCCCCCACCUCCUCCUGCCCCCUCCUGCCCCCCUCCCUCCUCCCCCUCCCCAUCCCCCCCUCCACCCCCCCCCUCUCCUGCCCCCCUCCAUGCCCCCCACCCUCCUCCUGCCCCCCUCCAUGCCCCCACCCUCCUCCUGCCCCCCCAUCCCCCACCUCCUCCUCCCCCCCUCCCACCCCCUCCCCCCCCUCCCAUGCCCCCCCUCCUCCUCCUGCCCCCUCCCAUGCCCCAACCCUCCUCCUGCCCCCCUCCCCCCCCCCCUCCCUCCCCCCACCCUCCCUGCCCCCCCCCCCCCUCCUCCCCCCCUCCCUGCCCCACCCCUCCUCCUGCCCCCCUCCUGCCCCCCUCCAUGCCCCCCACCCCUCCUCCUGCCCCCCUCCCAUGCCCCCCACCCUCCCCUGCCCCCCCCUCCCCCCCCCCCCCCUCCGCCCCCCCCCCCUCCCCCCCCCAGCCCCCCCCUCCCCCCCCCCAUCCCAUGCCCCCCCCCCCCCCCCCUCCGCCCCCCCCCUCCCCCCCUCCCCCCCCCCCCCCCCACCCUCCUCCUCCCCCCCAUGCCCCCCACCCUCCUCCGCCCCCUCCUGCCCCCCCCUCCCCCCCCCCUCCCUGCCCCCCCUGCCCCCCCCCCCCCCCCCCUCCCCCCCUCCCUCCCCCCACCCUCCUCCCCCCUCCCAUGCCCCCACCCCCUCCUCCCCCCCCCAUGCCCCCACCCCCUCCUGCCCCCCUCCCAUGCCCCCACCCUCCUCCUGCCCCCCUGCCAUGCCCCCCACCCUCCUCCUGCCCCCCUCCCAUGCCCCCACCCUCCUCCUGCCCCCCUCCCACACCCCCACCCUCCUCCCUCCCACCACCCCCACCCUCCUCCCUCCCACCAUCCCUCCCCCCUCCCUCCCAUCCCCCUCCCUCCGUGCUCCGCUCUGUCCACAUGCUGCCACCUGCACGCCCAACACACGACGCCACUUUGUUAACUGAAGGCGCGACGUGCGUCUUGUAG